GUUUGAACUGUCCGCGCGCGAGACCCCAGCCAUUUCGAAGGUCGCGUCCCCACUUCCUGGAGCGUGACCCUCUUCUCCCCGCCCUGAGGCCUGUGGCGACUGUGUCCGUUGGGGCUGAACCAUGGAGGAAAGGCCUUUAAAAGCGUUGUCCAAGUCUCCACCACGCCGCGGCUCAGAGAGGCCGAACCCGCACCCCGACAUUCGGAAUAGGUGGACCAUGGCCUCGAUGUCGCAGACACAAAUGGACGUGCCCCUGUCCGAGGUCUGCGACAAGUACUACGAGGAGGUCAUGGUCCCAGACGACAGUACUCGCGGGCGGUCCAGCUUGAAGGGCCACUGGAAGGAAGAUGGAGAGUCCAUUUCUCUGAGUGACAAGGUCAACUUCAAGCGAGAGGAGUUGGAAUUGAGCUCCAGCGUCUCCCUGCAAGACCAAGUGGAGGUGGAUGACUAUUCUGACUUAGAAAGUUCUUCCUCAAUAUCAGUGAUCAGUAUCUCGAAGUACACACCCCAUAGAGCCUACUGGGCAGAGCAACAGAACAGGCUUCCGCUGCCCCUGGUGGAACUCAUGGAGAAUGAAGCUCUGGAAAUCCUCAACAAAGCCCUCAAGAGUGAGCUCCCCUUCCUUGACAACUUCCACACACACACACACACACACACACACACAUACGCAAGGAUCUUGGUGGAUUUUACUGGACAUGGGCCUGUGGGAAUGGAGUUUCAGGAUGUGUAUGCCCUGUCAGAUUCCCUUAGCACUCAAAAAAAUUCGAAGGGCCCUUCAAAAGUUAAAAGUUGAGAGACCAGACACAAUACCCAAGGAGAAGAGCAUGGGGUGACCAUUUAGUAGAGCCCCACUUAAGGGAGCCCCUUUUCAGCUAGUCUGGUUUUGUGAGGCUGUUUCUCUAUCCGUUUGCCCAACGGAAUGCCAGCUUUUGUGUGCCCUGGCUCCCUGCCAGGUGGGAGAGUUGUGAGGAGUCGGGAUUAUAGACAGUGUAUUAUUUGGGUAAACUUCUGUUUAUGAUAUGAACGUCCAGCGGGGAGAAGGGCCGAGACGAUUAUUUAGAGUGGGCGGUCCGGGUGUCCGCAAAGCUGCAGGCUCUGGUUCUGGCCUGCAGCAUCUUCUCCAGCCUUAACACUGAGAACCGUGGAGAGCCAAAGUUCCCAGUUCCUCGAAUCACACAUGCGGCGCCUGCUGGUGGGGAGGCCUGCAGGAGCUCACAGACCCGAGCCAGUUCUGCCCUCCUCCAAGGCUACCGGUCCCUGAUCGGCAAGGACCAUUUCAUGACUAAAGAGCUGCAGCGAUACGUCGAGGGGCUCAGGAGGCGCAAGAAUAAGAGGCUGAACUCCAUGUUUCAGUGAACCUCCGACUUGAGCGACCGCCUGACUCUAACC